UCACACUGAAGUAGGAAAAAUUUUCAGUUUUCAAAUUUUCUUUUAGAUUUCAAUGCUAGUGUGCUAUGUUCAGUGCAUAGUAGGUACUUACUUAAAACGUAGUAAAAUAAUUAUUGUUCUCUUUGAUUAAGUCCAUUCAGUUCCAUUUACACAAGUGUAUUGGUAUCUUUCUUAUUUCAUCAAGAUAUUUGAAAAUAUGACGACUUUUAAGCCGGUAACGCACGUUCUCUUUGAUAUGGAUGGGUUAAUUUUAAAUACGGAAGAAUUAUACACGGUUGCUUACCAAAAUGUAUUGAAUGAUUACGGUAAAACAUAUACAUUUGAAUUGAAAACAAAGUUAAUGGGAUUCCAGUCCCACGAGAGUGCAAAGACUAUAAUUUCGGAACUAAAUUUGCCAUUAACUCCAGAAGAAUUCAAUGAGGCAACUAAGAAACAGUUUGAAUUAAUCUUUCCUGACACUCAAGUUAUGCCGGGUGCUAAAAGAUUAAUUGAACAUUUGCAUAAACAUAAUGUGCCUAUUGCAUUAGCUACUAGUUCAAGCAUUGAAAGUUAUGAACUGAAAGUCAAUAAACAUCACCAGGAAUUAUUUUCAUUAUUCCAAUACAAGACAUUUGGUUCUUCUGAUCCUGAAGUGCAAAGAGGGAAACCGUAUCCAGACAUAUUUCUCGUUAGUGCAAAAAGAUUUCCAGACAAGCCUCAACCUCAUCAGUGCCUCGUGUUUGAAGAUGCCGUGAAUGGAGUGAAAGCAGCUAGAGCAGCUGGAAUGCAGGUUGUUAUGGUGCCUGACCCAAGGACUGACAAGUGUUUAACAGCUGAAGCUACAUUGGUAUUGCAUAGUUUAGAAGAAUUCAAACCUGAACUAUUUGGGUUGCCACCUUUUGACAACUAGAUUUCUGAAUUGCAGAUAAAAUAAUUACAUAUUUUGAAAUUGAUACUUGUUAUGCUGCUAUUUGUGUUAUUUAAUUUAUUCAAUUUUUAAGAGCUGAUAGAAAUUUCGACAAAAAUAUCAGACAAUACUUUUUUGCGUUCUAAUUUUAUAUGUUACGAAACAUACGAAUGUGUUACGAAGCUAUUAUUCAGUGCAUUAAAUGUCGGACUUAUGUUGAGCCCGCACGGUGUUAAGUGGCUAAUGAAAUCUAUAGGAAUCAAAGCUGAAUCCCAUGGGGGGUCAUCCAAGGCCUUUCCUAAUAUAAAAUUACAAAGUAAUAAUAAAAGUGUUAGACAUUACACUGAUAAAAUUAGUGAGAAUCAUUUAACUUCCUAAGUAUGUUAAUCUCGUGAGUUGUUUGUCUUUCGAUUUAACCCCCUGAUGACAUAGAACGAGAUUCGAUGCAACUCCUCUCCCUCACAUAUAAAGUGCAAAACAUUUAGGCCUACUGAAACAAAAUUACGAAGUAAAAUCAAAGGAAAAAAUGUAUCUAUACUAUCUACAUAUAAAUCAUACAUAUACAUACAGUAGUUUUUACGGAUGUAAGUACUGAACCAUGCAUCCGAUUGACUUGAAACUCGGUAUCCAUGUAGAAAAUACAUGUACUUA